AAAAUGCGCCGGUGAAGAUGUGGACAGCGGUUGCACAAAAAAAGUAAAAUGGCGACUCAGGCACACAUCAAGAAGAAACGUACGUGAACACAUCGAACACAUAUACCUUUAGGACAUUGUUCUGGUGCCUGUGUUGUAAUUCGCGGACACGAGAAGGUUUAAAAUACUUCCUAAAUGGAACAACUACUUGUGAUUGACAUCAGACGUGGCGAAAAUGUCGUUCAGAGAUGAUAAAUUUCUCUGGAAGGAAGCAGCUCAUAGAAUAUUGAACCUGCAGCACUCGUCCUCUGCGGGGACAUUAAACACAAAUCUUAACGUUAUAUUGGAUGAACUCAAUUCUUUAGACUAUGCGACAAGUGUCGUUGACAACGAAGAGGAUGCUUUACGUGUGAUGUCUAAAUGUUGCACACUUGUUCACUCCAGUGGCAAUGAUGAUUUCCUUGUCACCAAGUUCUGUCAGCUUAUAGUCAAUCUGUUUGCAAAACAAAAGGUCACAGUUAGCCAAGAAACACUGAAUGACGUUCUGAAUUUCCUUAUUGACUGCAUCAAGACAUGUAAAAAGUGGACUUUGUUGAACAUUUUAAGAGCUUUAGGAUCUACUCUGUAUGAAAAUGGAUCACUAUGUGGACAGUUUGGUGACAGCCUAUUGGCUAAAGAUGGUGUUCUGGUAAGACUGUGCAGAGAUGAGGCACAGGAUACUGAUGUUCUUUGCAGUGCUGUGCAGUGUGUAGCAAAUGUCUGCAUGAGAUCCUCCAAUGGACUGUGCUUAGGGGAUAAAUUCAUUACGCCUGCAUUCAAUCUUCUUUUGGAUCUGCUUCAAGCAUCCUCCCCAAAACUUUGUGGAACAGAGAUUGAACAUUUUAGGCUUGUCAACACAGUUCUGCGAGCUCUUCAACAUAUCCUUGUACUUGGUUGUUCAGGGCAGAAUCAAAAUCUUGGACCUCUCUUGGCUUCACUUAAGAACUACAUGUUUUGUGGAAUGCCAGGCUACAAACCAGUAUAUACUGAGAAGAGCCACCAGCAAUUAGAGGAUCAGUCAGGGAUAGAGCCAGAUGAUUUAUCCUCAGUCCAUUUGAAUACAAUACCUCAGAGGGAUCGCACAUACUCAAUUCUUAGCAAGAAGAAAAAGAGACGCUCUAACAACAAAAAAUCUAAACAGGCGACGUCAACUUCACCUCCAAAACAAAUAACUGUUGGUAGCUCUUCAAUGGAUGCUCUGACACCCACAUUUGCGACAUGUAACUUAAAUUACAGUGUACCCAAAGAUCCUGCUAGUAUGGAAAAUCAGUCCAUCAGUCCUAGACUGAGGAAUCCACCAAGACAUGCAGCACAUUUAACAGGAAACAAUGUUAAUCAAAAUAGAGACAGUACAGCGGCAAAUGCUAAUGCUUUUGAUGGCUCUGGCGCUGAGUCAUCAGGUUACCAUAGUGCAUCAAGCUUGUCCACUGCAAGUUCUGACUCAGAGUAUUCUGACAGUGAAGCAGGACAGACUGCAAGACUGAGAUCGAUAACAUCAAAAGUUCGGCUUAAUGUGCUUCUUUGCCUUCAGGCAGUUAUUAAAAGCACAGACAAGAAGGUUCUGUUUGGAUAUUGGUCGUCGUUUGUUCCUGAUAAUACAGUGUCGUCAUCUUGGUCUCUCUUUACUACAAUUCUAAAGGAUCCCACUCCAAAGGGUCGUGCUGGUGGUGUAGCAGUUUUGAUGGAUUUGUUGGACGGUUCAAGACAGUUCUUAGUGGCUGCGGAGGACAGAGAGCAGCACAGUUCUUCACCAUCAUCACGCCCUUAUACCUCGUUCUCGGUAAAGCUGAGUGGAAUUGUUCACGAGCUUCACAGAUGUCUCCUACAAGCGUUAAUGGCUGAGACAUCUGGUACUACCAAGGCGCAGAUACUCAAGUGCUUGUCCCUUCUGGUUCUGAACUCACCAUACAACAGACUGAAGCAAGGACUUUUAACCAAAGUUGCCAGACAACUCAGACCUUUACUGGCUCUCAAAGACCCAAACCUACAAACAGCCGUGCUGUCCUGUCUAAGAAUGGUGGUGUGUGUACACACCCCUCUCCAAGAAGUAGCUGAAAUUAUGAGACCAACCUCGGCGGAAGUCAACAACCCAGGAAACCGCAGCAUGCCACAAACCAACAGCAGUGUGUGUGACAGUAGCAGUAGCCCCGCCGUAAUGAGUCCCGAGUUACAGGUGCCAUCCGAGUCCCCAUGGUUGAUACAGUGGUGUAUCCACGCAGUAAAUCGACGAGAAAAUUCACUUGUGGUGCGUUUGGAAGCCUUGCAGGUUUUGGGCUCAUUUGUGAAGAGCUAUGUCGUCUUAUUAAGUUCCAGUGUGGUGGAAUGUCUCAGGAAUCUGGCGUGUUCGUGUUUAAAAGAUGGUGAUAUAUCAUUCACUCUGUGUGCAAUGAAGCUACUUGAAGAACUGGCUCGUGCAAUGUACGCUGAAUAUUCAAACACUCACACUGGUAGAAAUGCAGUCUCCAAAGAACAGAUUUUACAGUUCUGGCUGAAACUGUUAGAUGGUCCAUUGAUCAGUAUGAUACAAGAAGGAAGCUCUGUUUCUGCCCCAUCAUGCAGCGCUGCUGUUGACUGUUUGUCAAACAUUGGAGCUGUUAUCUUUAACGAACUACCUUUACACAGGCGUAUUCUUUGCAUCAGUCUUCUCCUUGGUUUGUCAAAUGAUGAAGACAAGAAUGUCAAGUCGUCGUCAAUUCGUGCCCUAGGCGUAUUUGUUCUGUAUCCCUGCCUCAGAGAUGACGUACUGUUUGUAGCGGACACAGCGAAUGCCGUGCUCACUGCCAUGACAGACGCAAAGAUUAUGGUUAGGAUGAAGGCGGCCUGGGCUCUAGCCAAUCUCAGUGACUCCCUGGUGACCAAUAUGUCUUGUGGAGACUCAGGUUUUAUGGAGGAUUUUUCCGACAUGUUACUGUUGAAGCUGUUGAUCACUUCGAUCACAGCGGCCGACGAUAAUGAAAAGGUGAAAUCAAAUGCUGUAAGAGCUUUGGGGAACUUUCUUCGCUACACUAGAACGUCAUCCCUAGACAAAGCUGGUUUUAUGGAAGCAGUGGAGAAAGCGGUUCAAGCACUGGUUAGGAACGUGGGCUCUGGUCUUAUGAAGGUUCGCUGGAACGCUUGUUAUGCGAUCGGCAACGUGUUCCGGAAUCCUUUCUUACCAACUGGUACAGCGCCUUGGACGGUGCGCAUCAAUGCUGUCAUACCGUUAUCAGUUCCCCCAGAGAGGCGUUACUUUGGUGACGUGACUCUUUAUAGUCACGUGUACGCAACGUUGAUUGACGCAUUGAAAGGAACCGAGAACGUGACCGAGUUUUGUGAAUUCAAGUACAGGGAUACUCUGAGGCAGCAGCUUUGCAAUUCUUUGUGUCACAUGACGAGCUUGAUGACAGCGGAAGACGCUGUUUCUCUGGGCACUGUGUUGGAGGAAAACCACGAUACUUACAAAGAAUACAUCAGAAAUUAUGUUCGGCAACUUAGUGCUCAGGAGUCCCCAGUCGAAGAUCAGACGGACGAGAAAACAGCUGGUGAAAAAUUAUCCACUGUACGUGGAGCUCACAGGCGAGUACACGAGGAACUUGAGCCUUGCAGCACUGCUGUCAAGAUCUUACAGGAUGUUUUUGGAGAAUUACGCAAGAAUACGGAAAGUGAAAAUGACACUUACAAUGCAGAGAUAGAACAGUCGGACAUGACACAUUCUACUUUGCCAGAUUAGCACUGGUACCUAUGUACUGAGCGAGAGGACAAGGCAAGCCACUCAGUUUUGAAUUUUACGAAGAGAAAAGAAGAGGAAGGAUGAAAAUAUUCACUUGGUGAUUUGACGGCGCUUGAAAUAAUUUCAUUCAGCCACAGUGGAAGAGGAAUAUCGUUAUAUGAAAGAACAGUUUGGUUUCGAAGCGUUCCCGAUCAAGAAUGGUGUUAUUUGCUGUAUCAUUAAGAGAAUUUAUUUAUUGACUUGGACUGUCUCGAGCUAUUACUCUGAAUUAAAGAAAUUUAAACUAAGACCA